AAUUUCCAUCCGGGAAUCGAGCUCGUAACGUAACCGUUUCCACGGCUACUGUGUUUUUUAAGUUUUAUUUUAUAUCGCUUUAGCCAAUGGGAUGCCGUUUACUAAAAGCCUCAGCCCUCCCUCUUGGCGUGGCUCACAUGCCCAAAGCGACGUUGUGUGAUGGGCAGGUUUGAAACAGAUUGAGAGAGUGGGAGAGGAAGAAAGAAAGGGACGGUAGGGGAGCGAGCCAGCAUAAGCAGAGAAGGUUGUGAGUGUUUUCUGUUUCUCCUUUUUCUUUAUUUUUUUGGGGGGUUUAGAAAAAUUAGUAUUAGUCUGUGACAAGUGUGCAGUUAACCCCCCUCCCCUAUGUGUGACAAGCUAAGCUAUCACUGACGACACGCAGUGUUUCCCUGAGGGUAAAGGGAACAACGGGGAAGGGUUUCAGUCAAGUUUUAUGGAUGUUAAAUGUAAAGAGGAGUGUCUCUCCAUCCCGUUAAUUACAAGGUGACUGUAUGUGUAGUGAGUGAGCAAAGCGAGAGAGAUAGAAGUGAGCAAGGCAAUAAUUGUGCAGCGCAUUGGGAACUUGGUGGUUAUUUGAAUACGGUUGUCAUUGCGCUCAAUGUUCUAGGGCACACGGUGCCUUUCUUGGGGAUUUGUGCACCGGAGACAAGAAUGAGGCUGUGCUAAUUUUUAUGGGAAGACGACCCUCACCCCCACCUACAAAUAAAAACAAAAAAAUAAAAAACAAAACCAACCGGGUGAAAAAGCAACAGAAAACGCCGAAAGCCUAGGCACGACUAAAAUCAGUGAUCAAGAGAAAUUCCUUGCCGCUAAACACAAGUGAAUGGCCGCUUGCAUUCCCUUCUGAGUGUUACACGUUUUCUUCAGUUCUGGGUCACCAGGCACCACAUCAUCAUCAUCUCACAACAGCAAGUUCGGUUUUAUUUUUUUGCAGUCUUCGCUGAUCAGUGACACACGCACGCCGGAAGGAGGAACACAGCAAAAAGUGUGUGUGUGUGUAUGUUCACUAAAUCAAGAAAAAUACAAAACAAAUAUAUGAAAACCAUUUUUUUUGUGUGUGUUUAAUUGGAAAAGAAGCUUACAUUUAAAAGGAGUCAUACUUGUGCUUCCAGGCUGUAUUCAUAAUCUACAGGGAAAUGGUUCUGUUGAGAUCAUUGUAGAUCCAGCGGAGCAGCGAAAACACAUCUGUCAAUAUGGAAUAAUAGCCCUGACAGUCUUGAGAAAAUGGCUAUGAAUUUGUCUGCAUUAUGCAUGCCGCCAGCUGAUAGUCUGCAUCUUUGAGAGACUUUAUCUUGCUGGAAAUAUUUGUUUUACAUUUACUAGGGAUUUCUUUCUCCAUUGUGGAAGGACCUUUUCCUCAUCAUUGUACAUAGGCCAGGAGAAAUGGCAAAUAAUUCGUACAGUGGUGUGAAGAACUCUGUGGCAGAGGCCAACCAUGAUGGAGAGUUUGGAGUCACAGUUAAAGAUUUGCGAGAUCUUAUGGAACUACGGGGGGCAGAGGGAUUACGUAAAAUAGAGGACUGUUAUGGAGAUGUUUCAGGACUUUGUUCAAGGUUGAAAACACAACCUGUUGAAGGUUUAAGUGGGAAUCCUGCAGACAUUGCAAGAAGGCAAGCAGUGUUUGGACGGAACUUUAUACCUCCAAAAAAGCCAAAAACAUUUCUACAAUUAGUAUGGGAAGCAUUGCAAGACGUAACAUUAAUUAUUUUAGAAGUUGCAGCCAUAGUUUCAUUAGGCCUUUCUUUUUAUCAACCUCCAGGUGGAGACACAGAAGUCUGUGGUACUGAUGCUGGAGGUGUGGAGGAUGAAGGGGAAUCGCAUGCAGGCUGGAUCGAAGGGGUCGCAAUUCUUCUGUCUGUAGUUUGUGUGGUGCUAGUAACAGCCUUUAAUGACUGGAGUAAAGAGAAACAGUUUCGUGGCCUACAAAACCGAAUCGAACAAGAGCAGAAGUUUACUGUUGUCAGAGGUGGCCAAGUCAUCCAGAUACCAGUGGCAGAAAUUGUUGUUGGGGAUAUUGCACAAGUGAAAUAUGGUGACCUUCUUCCUGCUGAUGGUGUGCUAAUUCAAGGAAAUGACCUGAAAAUUGAUGAAAGCUCACUUACUGGAGAGUCUGAUCAUGUCAAGAAAACCUUGGACAAGGAUCCAUUGCUGCUUUCAGGUACCCAUGUAAUGGAGGGGUCUGGAAAAGUGCUAGUCACUGCUGUAGGUGUAAACUCACAAACUGGAAUUAUCUUUACUUUACUUGGGGCUAGUGAAGAUGAGGACAAAGACAAGGAAGAGAAACAAAAGAAAAAGGACAAGAAAAACAAAAAGCAAGAUGGUUCUGUUGAAAAUCGUAACAAAGCUAAUGCUCAGGAUGGAGCUGCCAUGGAAAUGCAGCCUCUCAAGAGUGAAGAAGGUCUAGAUGGGGACGCACAGGAAAUAAGGAAAGCAAACACGUCAAAGAAAGAAAAAUCUGUUCUUCAAGGAAAGCUUACUAAACUAGCAGUCCAAAUUGGCAAAGCAGGGCUAGUGAUGUCUGCUAUUACAGUCAUCAUCCUUGUAUUGUACUUUGUCAUCAACACCUUCUGGGUCCAAAAUCUCAGUUGGAUCCCUGAGUGCACGCCAAUUUACAUCCAAUAUUUCGUGAAGUUCUUCAUCAUUGGUGUCACUGUACUGGUUGUAGCCGUACCAGAGGGUCUUCCACUUGCAGUCACAAUUUCUCUGGCCUACUCUGUAAAGAAAAUGAUGAAAGAUAAUAAUUUGGUCAGACAUCUUGAUGCCUGUGAAACCAUGGGCAAUGCUACAGCUAUCUGCUCUGAUAAAACGGGAACUCUGACCAUGAAUAGAAUGACUGUAGUCCAAGUCUUUAUUGGGGAAAAGCAUUAUAGAAGGGUCCCUGAACCUGAAGCUGUUCCUGAAAAGUGUUUGGAUCUCCUUGUUACAGGGAUUGGGGUCAACUGCGCUUACACUACUAAAAUAUUGUCUCCUGAGAAGGAAGGUGGCCUGCCACGCCAAGUUGGAAACAAGACAGAAUGUUCCUUGCUGGGUUUUGCUUUGGACUUGAAGAGAGACUACCAGGCUGUUCGAAAUGAAAUUCCAGAGGAAAAACUCUACAAAGUCUAUACUUUCAACUCUGUCCGAAAAUCCAUGAGCACUGUUCUAAAGAAUGCCGAUGGCAGUUACCGUAUGUUUAGCAAGGGAGCCUCAGAGAUCCUCCUGAAAAAGUGUUAUAGAAUUCUCAAUGCGGAUGGGGAAGCCAAACUUUUUAGACCCAGGGACCGUGAUGAUAUGAUAAAGAAAGUAAUUGAGCCUAUGGCAUCAGAUGGAUUGAGAACUAUCUGCUUGGCAUAUAGGGACUUCCCUGCUGGAGAUUCGGAGCCUGAAUGGGACAAUGAGAAUGAUAUUUUAACCAGCCUCACCUGUAUUUGUGUUGUGGGGAUUGAGGACCCUGUCAGGCCUGAAGUUCCAGAUGCAAUCAGGAUGUGCCAGCGUGCUGGUAUCACGGUUCGCAUGGUUACAGGGGACAACAUUAACACAGCUCGUGCUAUUGCCAUAAAGUGCGGAAUUCUGCUACCAGGAGAUGAUUUCUUGUGCAUAGAGGGUAAAGAGUUUAACAGGCGGAUCCGCAAUGAAAAGGGAGAGAUUGAGCAGGAGCGCAUAGAUAAGAUCUGGCCUAAGCUUCGAGUACUUGCAAGAUCCUCCCCCACUGAUAAGCACACACUAGUAAAAGGUAUUAUUGACAGCACAGUAGCAGAACAAAGGCAGGUUGUUGCGGUAACUGGAGACGGUACCAAUGAUGGACCUGCCCUAAAGAAAGCAGAUGUUGGGUUUGCUAUGGGAAUUGCUGGCACUGAUGUAGCUAAAGAAGCCUCUGAUAUCAUUCUUACCGAUGAUAACUUCUCCAGCAUUGUUAAGGCAGUGAUGUGGGGCAGGAAUGUGUAUGACAGCAUCUCCAAGUUCCUUCAGUUCCAGCUUACUGUCAAUGUUGUAGCUGUAAUUGUCGCUUUCACAGGGGCCUGCAUUACUCAGGACUCUCCUUUGAAAGCAGUGCAGAUGUUGUGGGUAAAUCUUAUUAUGGACACGUUUGCCUCUCUGGCGUUGGCCACUGAACCACCCACUGAGUCCCUGCUCCUGAGAAAACCCUAUGGCAGAAACAAACCCCUGAUUUCUCGCACCAUGAUGAAAAACAUUCUGGGGCAUGGCGUUUAUCAGUUGAUUGUUAUUUUUACUCUCUUAUUUGUUGGUGAGAAGAUUUUUGACAUUGACAGUGGGAGGAAUGCACCACUUCAUGCCCCUCCAUCAGAGCACUACACUAUAGUCUUUAACACAUUUGUCAUGAUGCAGCUAUUCAAUGAAAUUAAUGCCCGCAAGAUUCAUGGAGAAAGGAAUGUCUUUGAGGGCAUCUUCAAUAACCUAAUCUUCUGCAGCAUUGUGUUUGGAACAUUUGUUAUACAAAUUAUUAUUGUCCAGUUUGGUGGAAAACCCUUUAGCUGUGUAGGACUUGGUAUUGAGCACUGGUUGUGGUGUGUGUUCCUGGGAAUUGGAGCACUUAUUUGGGGCCAGGUGAUUUCCUCAAUUCCAACAAGCCGGUUGAAGUUCCUGAAGGAGGCAGGCCAUGGCACGCCGAAGGAUGAUUAUCCAGACGAGGAGCUGGGGGAGGAUAUGGAGGAGAUUGACCAUGGAGAGAGAGAACUGCGCCGUGGACAGAUUCUCUGGUUCCGAGGACUCAACAGAAUUCAGACCCAGAUGGAUGUAGUGAAUGCUUUCCAGAGUGGAAGUUCCUUUCAGGGGACUCUAAGGCGGCAACCCUCCAUCACCAGCCAGCAUCAUGAUAUCCGAGUAGUGAAUGCAUUCCGCAGUUCUCUGUAUGAAGGUUUGGAGAAGCCAGAGUCCCGAAACUCCAUCCAUAACUUCAUGAACCAGCCUGAGUUCCGAAUAGAAGGUUCCGAGCCCCGCAUCCCUCUCAUUGAUGACACAGAUGCAGAAGAUGACGCCCCCACCAAGCGCAACUCCUCCUCCCCACGGAACUCCUCUCCACCACCCUCGCCCAACAAAAACAACAACGCCGUUGACAGCGGUAUCCACCUCACCCUUGACACAAGCAAGUCGGCUACCUCUUCAUCCCCAGGAAGCCCCCUUCACAGCCUGGAGACUUCCCUCUGAUUGCAGCACACAUACUCGCACACACCAACCACAUUUUUAUAUGCAUAAUAGAUCUAGAGUGUGCUUUAGAGGAGGAAAAUGUGUGAUGUGAGGGGUUAGGGGCGGGGGCGGGGGGUCUGGGGAGUAAUGUCCUUUUACACUGUAUGAUUAACAAGAUGCACAGCUCACCAGACUGGAACAGAAGCAGACAUUUGUGAGAAUGUAGAGUUCUUUAAAUUUAGUUUUAUGGUUUUGUUGUUAUAUCCCUCUUGAUAGGGGGGAGGGGGGUACAAAAAAGCUUUCCAUAAAACCUGAGGGUGCUUUGCUUAAUUUUUUCUUACAGAACUCUGAAAGCAAAAGUGUGUAUGUGGCAUCUGUCAACUCAAAAGUUUAAAUACCUUUUUUUUGGGGGGGGGGGCGGGAUCUGUUGUUCAUACUGAAGAUCAGCUGUAAUAAAGGAAGUACUCCUGAAAAACAAGUGUGUUGGCAGAACUGUUAGAUACUGGAUGUUAUAAUAAUAAUAAUUAAUAAUAAUUCUUGGCCCCCGACUCAUUUGAAUACUUUGCUAGUGGCUGUUAAUAUAUUGAAUUAUUUAUGUUCUAAAAAAAUGCAGAUCUGUUUACAAGGUUUGUAGAUACUUUUUAUCUGUUUGUAAGUGGAAGCUUCCUGGCACACGAUGCAGAGAAAUGAUUAAAUAAAAUGGAGUGAAAGUAAUCUUUCAGAUACUGCUGUAUUUUCACAAGAAAGGGUGUUUCUGUUGAAACUGUACUAUUUUUAUUUGUUAAAUAUUUGUAGAGUGACUUAUACUAAUAGCCAAACAGAUAACACUAAGGCUUGUGUAGCAAAGAGCAGAUGCAUUGUAGUAAGUUGGAGGACAGAGGGUGGGGCAGGGAACUAUGCCUCUAUCCCAUUACAUUUCUAUAAAUAGUUACUUCUUAAUUGCUUUAAAUAACUGUUUCAAAGUUAUGUUUUCCAAGUUUGCGGGACACUGUUGGAUAUUUGAUUUUAUCAAAAAUGAGUAAGGGGUUGAUUCUUUAAUGCAGGGAUUAAAAUAAUUUGGUGUCAUAUCUACCAGAAACACAGUGGUUACAAAGGCUUUUAUUGUAUUCUAGUGAAUUCCAGGUCAUUUCAAAGUAGCAGAAAUAUACCUUUAGACAAUCCUUUUUUUAGGAACACCAGGAUUUCAUACUCUGAUUGAUUCAGUGAUUCAGUGAUCACUCAGAUAACACCUAAAGAAUUUCAGUCCCUGCCAAGUUAAUAUAAAAUGUUUCCUUUUUUUUUUUUUUUUUUUUUUUUUUUUUUUUUUUUUUUUUUUUUUGUUAACUCAGGCUUAGAAAUGGAUUAAAUAGUAAAGAAAAACUGAGAGAAGCACAGAAACAUUAGUUCUUUUAUUUUCUCAUUAUACAUUAGCAUAGGGUUGUCUUUGUCAAAUGUGAGUGAAAACUUGAUUUUUUGAACCCCUAGUACAGCUUUAGAUACUUGUCAUUACAGCAGAAAGGCUGUAAGGACCAUUUUGAAAAUAGAAAAUGAAAACCUAGUGGGAUGUAGUAAAAAAAAAAAAAAAAAAAAAAAAAAAAAACACUGAAAACUGUUGCUGCAAUUAUUUCUUAUGUAAAUUUUUGUAUUUAAUUUUUUGGGCACCUGAUAUACUGGAAAUACAAAAAUUACAAAGUAAAGAAAGAAAAUAUUGUAACAAGUAUACAAUGCUGUCACUGCACAAUAUACUUUAAUUUCAAGAUAACAGCCCUUUGGGAAAGCAUGUUACAUGACCAUAAAAAUUAAAAAAAACAUGCAUUUUAUAUGAAAGUGCAGUGAUGACAACUCUUGGCCUGUAGAACCAUGGUUUGGAGUUUUAAAGCAAAUUACAAAUUAAGGUUGUUUUUUUUUUUUUUUUUUUUUUGGGGGGGGGGGGGGGGGUGGUGGUUUCAUGGUUCUAAAGAAUAUUUUUCUCAGGGUGGCAAAUGUGUACUAGCAGUAGGCGUUUGUUGGCCUAUGGUCAAAAUACAAACUCAUUUUUAUGUUGUGAACUAGCUUGCAAAACAUGUGGGUUGCUUUUUUCCUUGUGGUGUUGCAGUAGUGUUCAAAUGCUGAUUUCCCCCCACCCCACCCAGCAGGACACCUUGAACAUCAAAAGUAAAAUGGAAAUGGGGGUUUCAGAGAGAUGGGGGAGGGGGGUUUAGGUGACUGCCUGUUCAAUCGGCUUAUUAUGUUUUAAAAUUUUAUUUUGGGUUGUGUUUUUUUUUUUUAUUAUUUUAUUUAUUUUUUUCCUCUUUGCUUUACAAAAAGCAGCUUGAGUUUGCAAAAAAGAAAUAGAAAAAAGUCCAUAAAAAGAUAAUUUAUCCUGCAGCUACCUGUUAUGGGAAUGAAUGUUUAUCCAUCUGUUUUUAUGGAUUCCUUUUUUUAUCUUAAUAUUUGGAAAUAAAAAUACUUAAUGUCUGUUUAUCUUGAGCAAUGUUAAUGGUAAUUGUGAUUCGAUUUACAUUUGAAACUUGUCGAGUAAUGUGUAUGGUUUUUAAAAAUAAAAAAAAAAUUA